AUGGCUGGAGGAGCUAGUGGCCCCUCAGCUUACCCUUUGCUCUUCGCAAAGCGGACGAAGCUGAACCAGGAGGCGACGAUUUACUUCGCCAUCGCCCUGGCUUCUAUCAUGGGCCUCUUCAUCGUCUUCCAUCUUGGUCGUCGUGGUGCUUCAAAGGCCGGUCUUAAUACGAAGCUAUCUGGUCUGGCAAAGCCGUUCCUCUUUGUAUCACGAUCCAUCCGAAGAGUCACCGUCUACAAGUUUCCUGCCUUGCCAUCCACCGGCCACUUCGUUGUAGCUCUUAGCUACCUCGUAAUCAACAUCGCCCUGCUAUUCACUCACAUCGACGCCUCCGCUCUUCCCUAUCUCACGGUCAUUGCGGCUCGCGCAGGAUGGCUGUCCAUCGCCAACAUCGCCUUCGUGGUCUUCCUUAGCCUGAAGAACACUCCUCUCGGCUUCCUAACCGCUUGGUCUUACGAGAGGCUCAAUGUCUUGCACCAAAUCGCCGGAUACAUCACCAUGGUCCUUAUCAUUGUCCACGGUGCCACAUACUCCGCCUACUUCAUCGAGGCUGGUAACAUGGCACGCCUUCGUGUUGCUGAAGAAAUCUACGGCAUAGCCUCCGGGUUCACAUUCCUUUCUCUUGUGCUCGCCGGAGCCAUCGUACGAUUGUGGUACUAUGAGCUCUUCUACAUUCUUCACGUGUCCUUCUUCGCAAUUUCGAUGGUUCUCGUCGGCCUUCACCAGCCCGAACUUAGCAAGAAGAUCAUCAUCAUUACGGCUGUUGCUGCUGGUAUCUGGGUUGCGGACCGCGUUGUGAGAUUCAUUCGCGUCGUGCUCUACAGCUUCAACAACAACGCAACCGUCUACCCGCUCCCCCACGGUGGCACUCGCAUCAUCCUCAAGAAGGCCCCCGUUGGCGCAAGUUCUGGAGAACACUGCUUCCUAUGGGUUCCCAAGAUCCGCGCUCUGGAGAUGCACCCUUUCACCAUUGCCGCCAUGAACCCUCUCGAGUUUGUCAUCAACUCGUACGAUGGCUUCACCCGCGAGCUCCACGAAUACGCAGUCCAGAACCCCGGUGCAACCCUCAAGGCUUCCGUUGAGGGCUCCUAUGGAACGUUCCCCAACCCUUCCGAGUACAACAAGAUCGUACUCGUCGCUGGAGGUAGUGGAGCCAGCUUCACUGUUGGCACGGUCCUCAACCUGUUGAAGAAGGUCGCACAGGGAUCUAUGCCGAGUGUCACUUUUGUCUGGAUGGUCAAGGAUCCCGCUCGUCUCGAGUGGUUCGCCGGUCACCUUUCCACUAUUCGUCAGGCCCUCGGUGCUAACAUCCAACUCUACGUCACCCGCGCGCCUGGAAGUCAGGGCUCCUCCUCCCAGACUCCCGGCUCUUCCAAGGAGGAUCGAUCCCGCUCGGGCACCAUCUCGUCUGAGGCAUCGACGCCCUUCACCCCUUCAUCUGAGAAGUUCGAGACCACCAACGGCGUUCCUCAGCAGCCUCCUCGUAUCAACACUCGCGCUGUGUCCGACCCCGAGAAGUCCGGUUUUGAGUCUGAUGCCACAUCGCCUUCGUCUCCCACCAUCCAGCAGAACGGAGCUUUGAACAGCUUGGGCGGUAUCCCUGUUCACUACGGACGCCCCGACGUCGCCAAGAUCAUCCAGAAUGCUAUUGAUGAGACGCCCUCUGGCGAGCGAGUUCUCGUCAUGGGCUGUGGCCCUGAGAGCCUGAUGACGCAGGUCCGCAAUACGACUGCCAGGUGCAUCCGCACAUCUGGUCCAGCCGUGGAGCUUCACUGCGAGCAGUUUGGCUGGUAA